AUGGAUUCACAAGAACGACCAAAUACACAGACCGUAUCGGUUUCGAAUCCAUAUUUAUUACGAUUAAAAUAUUUAAAAUAUUUGAUAUUAAAAUUUCGAAAAGAAAACAUUUCGACAUUUAUUAAGCUUCCAUUGUAUACAUGUCCGGAUUGUGAAGCUAAACUUCGAUUGGAAGAAAAAGAAACUGCAAGUAGUUCGACUGUUACAUCUCAAGAAUUUGAAGAAGAAUCUGAUCGAAUGAUUAUUGUACCGGAUACGAGUUCUGACGAUAAUCAUGAUGAGUGUUGGUGUCGAUCAUGUACGAAUGAUGUUGAUGAUAUAAGUUCUCGUCAAUUAUGGGAUGAUCUUUCUCAUAUUAUUAAAUGUGUUUAUCGUGCAACAGAUAAAGAAUUUUCAGAAAAUCAAUUUUCUGAUGAUAUUUCUAAGGCAAAAGAAUAUGUAAAAAAAUUAACUGAUAUAAAUCCUCAAUCUUUAUUUAAUAAACUUGAAUCAAUUGUAUUAGAAUAUGUUCGUGAAAUACGAAAUCAAGUAUUAGAACGUUUUCAUACAUGUUCAAAAACUUCUCAUGAUGUACAAUUAUUUAUUUCAUUUCUUUUGGAUGAAUAUAAUAUGUUUAUACAAGCAGCAAAUAAUGUUUCGACUAUUGUUUCUUAUUUAGAAGAAAAUUAUAUGAAAUCUUUUCAUUUAACAUGGUUAUUAUAUAAUAAACAUUUAUAUGAAAAAUUAAUUUAUAUGGAUAGAAAAAUUCAACAUUCAAUGUCGACAAUGAUUGAUUUAUUACAACCAUCAAAUGAUGAUGAUAAUGAUUAUUCACCAGCUGAAUAUACACAAUUAUUAAAUAGAUUUUUAGCAUUUGAUGAAGAAAUGUCUGAAAUAGCUUGUUUAUAUAAAGAUUCUCAAGCUAAAAUGACUUCAUCAUCAUUUAAUAUUUGUAUUCAUAAUGGUUAUCAAUUUGAUAAUAAUAAUAUUAAAAUAAAAAAAAAGAAAAAAUGUAAAAAAAUUAAGAAAACAAAAAAAUUACCAACAUCAACACAAGAUAAUACCAAUAGGUUUGGAUUUAGAAAUUUUCAUUUUUUUUUUAAAUUUUAUUCGAUUUUCUAA